GAGCAUACGCGCAUCCCUUGUACUCUGGUUCAGACCGUGGGCGGUGCACCGUACCUCCCACUGUCUUCUCUCUCUGGGCCGGCCAUCCUUCAGGUUGUGCGACUCCCUGAACUUGAAGCUGUGCUUGGGCAGAGAACUUCGUAACUGGUGUCAUUGCAAGCUGGCGCGCUCUAGAAGUCAGGCUCAACCCAGCAGUGUACAAUAAUACAAUAAAGGACAAAUGUCUGCAAAGGUCGUUAUUGUGGGGGCAGGUCCGUCUGGCCUGGUUGCUUGCAAGACGCUCCUUGAAGCUGCCACGCACGACUUUCCAUUUGACCCGAUUGUACUCGAGCAGGAGGACGACAUCGGUGGCACCUUCCGAUACAGAUCUUAUGAGAACGCGACUUUAGUGUCGUCGAAGCAAUUGACCUCUUUCUCCGACUUUAGGCUUCCUCUCUCACAUUCUGACCACUUGACGCUCGAAGAAUAUGUCGACUACCUACGAGAUUACGCGUCCCAUUUCCAUCUAUGGUCAAGAAUAUAUCUUGCAUGCAAAGUAGUGAAUAUUUCGAAGGACCCACAGGGUGGAAAUAACGUCUCUUACGUCCGGAAACGGAAAGAUAACCCCGCGGAAUGGGAUUCCGAGGCGAUAACUAUACACACGCCUUACCUUGCAAUCUGUACCGGCUUACACGUUGUUCCCCACGUCCCUGAUAUUCCAGGAGUUGAAAACAUCCUGAAAAAUAACCCCGAAGCGAAACUUUUUCACUCGUCUGAAUACAAGUCUCGGAACCAGCUAAGAGGGAAGAAGAUCCUGAUUCUCGGCACAGGAGAAACAGGGAUGGACAUUGCUUACGAGUCUGCCAAGGCAGGGGCGAAGGAAGUGGUGCUUUGUUCGAGGGCGGGGUUCUUGUCUUUCCCGAAAGCACUUAAUGACUUUUCCCUACUCGGCUUCAAGUUUGAGUCCAAGAAUCCGGUGCCCAUCGAUUCGCUCAUCACGAAUCUCGGAGAGACCGCGUAUGUACAUCCAUGGGUAGCAAAGUCGCAUAUCCGAUGGUUCAUCUCGGACUUCGUCAUCAAGAGAGUGCUCUGGGUAUUGACAGGUACGCAAGCAGGCUGCAACCAGUGGGUCGGCGAACUCGAGCCAGAGCGCCUAGGGCGUGCCUACGUCUUUCUCAACAAGUCCCACAAAGCCAUGCCAUACAUAAACCGUCCCUACCGCCGACGACCCGCCUUCAUGGACUAUCUCUCGCGGUACAGUGAUCCAGACGAGGAUAUGUCCCCGCAAACGGAUUUCACGGUCGAACUGGCUCCCUUCCCCUCGCACUUCACAGAGGGGGGUCGGGCCGUCUUUCCUCUUGACUUGGACAAGCGCAGUAGGCCAAAGCGCAAGGAUGCAGUCCGGAUCCAGGGGAAAGUUGUUAAGCCGAACUUGGUGGUAUAUGCCACCGGUUAUAAGCAAGAAUUCGGUUUCCUAGGCGAAGGGUAUAAGAUGCCUGGGGAAGCGGAUGUGAGGAACAUAUGCUGGAGUGGGGAUACCAGCGUGGCAUUUAUAGGCUUCGUCAGGCCGGGUGUUGGCGCCAUCCCACCGAUAUCCGAAAUCCAGUCUAUGUUCUGGGUCUCGCUUCUCAAAGACCAGGUUCAUAAGCCGCUUCGUGCGGCACAUUAUCACCUGCUCGUGAACGAGAACGCCAGAAUCAAGUAUGGCGUGGACCAUUCAACGUAUGUCAGUACGCUCGCCAAGGACAUAGGUGCGGCUCCUGGGCUGCGAGAGCUGUGGAGGGAGUACGGAUGGCACGUGUUACUAUGCUACUGCUUUGGCGCAGCGUUUAUCCCUUUCUAUCGCCUGGUCGGUCCUUACAAGUCUCCUGUUGCGCCCAUGAUUAUCAAGACGGAGUUGUGGGAUACUAUCACGAGGAGAGGUCUCAUCGGGAAUGUCAUGAUGGGGCUAAUCCCGAUGGUAUUUUAUCUGAUGCUGAAUACUGGGGCCUGGUUUGCUGACAGGAUUUCCACCGGCGGCCUCGCUGCGCAAGAGUAGUAACACGGACUAAUGACGGGUUAUUUUCUAUAUUACAUCUGUCGUGUGUUGCUUCCUGCGCGUCUCACCGGUACCCAGAGCGUUGUCCGGUUGAGAUCACUGUCAAAGGCUAGUGCAGCUUAAUCUAUGCCAGUUCUAGCACAGAUGGCCAGGCAUGCUAUCCUACUGCUGGAGUUAUCUCUGACCUGUCCAGCUUAUAUUGCCAUAACACUACCUUUUGCUACAUC